GCCGGCACCAUGGAGGGGGCCGGCACCCCCGGUCCCGUCCCUGUGGGCCCCGGGGGCAGCCCUCGGCCUGUCCUCGGCCGGCUGCCGGCGGCGUCGCGCUCUGAGGAGGGCGCAGAAACACCGGGGCUCCUCACUGAGGGGACGGAGCGGGAGCGGGGGGGGGGGGGGCCCGGUGCCGGGGUCGGGGUCCCUCCGUGGCGUGGGACUCUUAGAGCGGCACCCGGUAUAGAACCAGCGCCCCGGGAGCUGGGAGCGAUCCUGGGAGCGGCGGGGCCUCGGCCCCGCGGUUCCCGGGACUCUGUGUGUGUGUGUGGGGGGGAACCCCAGGGGGGCACCGGGCGUGUGUGUGUGUGUGUGUGUGUGUGUACAUACACACACACACGCGCGCGCGCGGCUCCGGCUCUCCCUCCUCUCCUUGACCUCCCGCCUCUCUCCUGACAGCGCCGCUCGGCACCGGCCGUUCCCCUCCAGCAUCCCCGGCGGUGGCUCCGCUCCAGCACCCGACACACGGGAUUGAAAUGACCUUGAGAGCCGGGAACAAGGGCAGCUCGCCGGAUCCCGCCCGGGCUCGCUCGGGCCGAGCCAGCCCAGCUGCAAGUGCCUCCCUCCAGCUCUGAUCCCCGUUUUUUUUUUUUUUGUUUUUUUUUUUUUUUCUCUUGGGAGGCGAAAUCCCUGGCUCUCGCUCUCUCCUGCCUCCACCGCAUGCUUCGCCCUCGUUUGCGCCAGCGGCGGGGAAGUCAUCCAGCGUAAAUCAAACGCUGCCGGAGGGGCUCCCGCCGGACCGUUUCCAGGCCGGAUCCCAGCGCCGCCGCCAAGCCGAUGCAUGAAAAAGCAGCUCCCCUGAAGAGCCCCGAGCCCAUGCACGGCCGUGAGAAACUGGAGGCAUCCCACAAGGAGAAGAGUUUGGAUUCCCUCGACGGCAGCCUCCACCUGAACGAAGCCCUGAAGGAUGAAGACAUCAAGAAAUGCCACCGGGAAGUGGCCGCUAGCAAGUACAACUCCCAGUACCACAAGCUGUUCAAGGACAUCCCGACGGAGGAGAGCGUGCUGAAAGUUUGCUCCUGCGCGCUCCAGAGAGACAUCCUGAUCCAGGGAAGGCUUUACAUCUCUCCCAACUGGCUCUGCUUCUAUGCUAACCUUUUCGGGAAGGACAUCAAGGUUGUGAUCCCGGUGGUGUCCGUACAACUGAUAAAAAAGCACAAGACUGCUCGGCUGCUGCCCAACGGCUUGGCCAUCACCACCAACGCCAGCAGAAAGUACAUCUUCGUGUCCCUCAUCUCCCGCGACAGCGUCUACGAUGUCCUGAGGAGAGUCUGCACGCACCUGCAGGUUUCAAGUAAGAAGAGCUUGAGUUUGAAGGAGCUGACGGAGGAGCCCGAUGCCGUGUCGCUGGAGGUGAUCGUCCCUGAGGGCAAGUGGAGGAAGGUGUCACCCGCCUCGCUGUCGCUGUCACUGCCGGACACCGACUACCAGUGCAUCCACCGGACCUCUGUCAGCAGCCUGAGCGCCAAGGAGGGCUCCUUCACUUCUGAGGAGCCCCUGGUUUCGGAGAGUGCAAUAAACACCGAGGAGGAGCUGGAGGAGGUGGAGCAGAGCUGCGUGGCGGAGCUGAGACCUUCCGACUACCAGCUCCUGAAGAUCUUCAUCGUGCUCAUCUGCCUCCUGGUCGUGUCCUCCUCGUACCUGGCGUUUCGCAUCUUCCGUCUGGAGCAGCAGCUCUGCUCUCUGAACCGGGACUACCUCUCCCGUGGGCACAGGAGGUGACCGUGACCCCCAGCGCUGGCUGAGGACGGAUGCCGAGAUGGUGGCACCCUGCGGACAGACCCCGGUGCUGCGUCCUCCCGGCCGUGGCUGUUGCACGUGGCCCGGCUUUCCCUCGGCUGGUAAAAUGGGACCAAGUAUCUUCUCUCUUCCUACUGGCACUCGCUCCCGGCGGGACCACCCAGCUGGCUCAUGGCCACCGGUGCCAACUCCCCCGUCCCACUGGAAACCCGUUUUCUCCCUGGGACGCCGCUGCGCCGUAGCACCGGACGAUGGCUCGGGGCUGCCGAGCAGUUGGACUUCCCCUUAGGACUUGCUGCUAAAACGGGUGCGGUUUUUUAUUCCAGACUUGGGUUUUUCUUGUGCAGAGAUGACCUUAGGCUCACGAGGAACCCCCCCCCCCCCCAAAAUCUGGAUGAGUUGCUGCUGCUGCUCUGGGUGUGAAGCCUGGGCAGCGGCUCCGCGCUGAACCUCCCUGUUCAUCCCCCUCUUGGUAACCCCAGGGCCGUCGCCUGAGGAGUGGCCCCAACCCCGGGGGUCUGCGGGGAUGGGGAGAAAGGGGCCACCAGCCCUGUGGGGCAUCAUUUAUCCCAGCACCCAAGGGUGGGGGUACAACCCAGGGCUCCCCCAGCUCUGCUGGGCUCCGUACCGGCCACCACUCCUUCUCUCCCGGAGCACCGGGCCAUCUCGGGGUGCGUGUGUGUGUGUGUGUGUGUGUGUGUGUGUGUGUGUCCCCUGCAAAGCACUUUAGGGUCCCCCAGACCAGGUGUCCUCGCUGGGGACCGCACCUGGCAACGGUGCUGGACCCAAGGCUCCGUUAGCGCCACUCCCCUCGUUAAGGCGUCCCGAAAGGAGCCGGCGGCUGGCACCGCUGACCGGCCCGAUCGCAGCGUGUCCGUGCCCUGCUUCGUGUUCUCCUCGUCACCGCGCGGAGCCGAGUGCUGCAGGAUUUGUCCCGCAGGAUUUGUCCCGCAGGAUUUGUCCCGCAGCCUCCCCCCGGGGAGCACGCUGGGGCAGCAGGUGAUAUCUGUGUGAUUCCUUUGGUUUUUCUUUCCUAUUUUUUUGGGAACUACAAGUGCUGAUGGGGCCAAAUUCCCACUCCCUGAGGCAGAGCUCACUGUUCGCUCCGGCCUCGGAACGGCUUUUAAAUGAAAAUAAAACCAGGAUUUUCUAGCA